AUGUCUUCAACACAAACCCUUCAAUCGGACGAUGUCGAUGCUUGGUCUGUAACCAGAGAAGGGUCCGAGUUACCUUUCGCUCAUCCUUCUUCAGUGUUCCAGCUAGCCGCCUGGCGUAGGCGCUACGAAUCGGUGCGUAUGAUCGACGGCAAAUAUCAGUUCAUAUACGUGGCUGGUUGCCCGUUGCAGCCCGUGUUCCCUUCAUCUUUCUUUUCUCCUCUUGACGUCUUCACCUUGGCGCUGGACUGGUGCUGGGUUCUCAACCGAACGCUGACAUUCUUUCCGACAAUUCCCAUCCCUCGCUCGCCGUCCCCCCUUGAACUCCGCAAGGCAAAACCUGAAAGAGUCGUCGAAGCGACUGAGACAAGCGAAAACCGGGAAAAGGGGGAAAGGCUGCCAAAAACGCCCCGAAGCUCCAAGGAAUCGCUCGCCGAGAGAAGAAAAGUUACGGUACGAAGACUUGUUGACGCCACGAUGGGCUUUAACUACAUGGCCUCCAUGAGGCCGUCGGAGAGGUCAAGAUGGACUCCCCUCACGCGUAUGCUGCUCUCGGGGGAGAUGACGCAGGAAAAACAGAAGGAAUUGUCAGCGAGGGAGAAGUUCGACCGAUGGAUGAUUAACGAGGGGUAUCGAAGAUUUUUCGUCUUCGUAUUUGUCCUCCUUCACGGGCUUGUCUUUGCUUUCGCAUGCGUCAACUUUGCGCUCAAAGACAACCUGCAAAUAGCGCGCGACACCUUUGGGCCGACCUUCGUCAUAGCUCGUUCGGCGGCACUGGUUCUUCACGUCGACGUAGCUCUCAUCCUCUUCCCCGUUUGCAGGACGUUCAUUUCGCUCGCUCGCCGCACUCCGCUGAACGGCAUCAUCCAGUUCGACAAGAACAUCACCUUCCACAAGGUCACCGCCUGGUCUAUCGUCUUCUUCUCAUGGGUCCACACCAUCGCGCACUGGGUCAACUUUGGCUUGAUUGCCGCGAAACACAACCUCGGAUUCUACGGCUGGCUCUUGGCCAAUCUGGCAUCCGGCCCAGGUUGGACGGGAUAUGUGAUGCUCAUUGCGCUCAUGGGCAUGGUGGUGACGUCGAUGGAGAAGCCGAGACGCGCCAAUUACGAACGGUUCUGGUACACUCAUCACAUGUUCAUCGUCUUCUUCUUCUUCUGGUCCUUCCACGGCGCGUUCUGCAUGAUCCAGCCCGACUUCGCCCCGUUCUGCGUCAGCGUCGGUAGCAGCGCCACUGGCGUCUUCUGGCAGUACUGGAUGUACGGUGGCUUCUGCUACCUGGCCGAACGUGUUGCUCGCGAAGUUCGGGGCAGGCACAGGACGUACAUUUCGAAGGUCAUCCAGCACCCCAGCAACGUGUGCGAAAUCCAGAUCAAGAAGGAGAACACGAAGACGAAGGCCGGCCAGUACAUCUUCUUGUGCUGUCCUGCAGUGUCCCUCUGGCAGUACCACCCGUUCACGUUGACGAGCGCGCCGGAGGAAGACUACAUCUCGGUCCACAUGCGCGUAGUGGGCGACUUCACCCGGUCUCUCUCGACCGCUCUCGGAUGCGAUUUCGACAAGAAGAAGGAUACCAGCAAGGUGGUCGGGGUGAACGGAGAUGGAAGCGACGUGGAUCCGGUUCUCCGUCGGGUGCUACCCCGAGUCUACGUCGACGGUCCGUUCGGUUCGGCGUCGGAAGACGUGUUCAAGUACGAGGUCUCGGUGCUCUGCGGCGCAGGCAUUGGCGUCACCCCGUUCGCGUCGAUUCUCAAGUCCAUCUGGUACCGGAUGAACUACCCGCAGAAGAAGACGCGGCUCAGCAAGGUGUACUUCUUCUGGAUUUGCCGCGAUUUCGGUUCGUUCGAAUGGUUCCGGUCGUUGCUCCUGGCGAUCGAGGCCCAGGAUGUCGACAACCGCAUCGAGAUCCACACGUACCUGACGGCCAAGAUCAAGGCGGAUGACGCCACGAACAUCAUGAUCAACGACGCCAAUGCCGACAAAGAUACCAUCACGGGUCUUCGGUCGCCUACCAACUUUGGACGGCCCAACUGGGACAUGAUCUUCCGGGGCAUCAGGAAGCUGCACGCGCCUGCCGAGGCUGGCGUCUUCUUUUGCGGGCCCAAGGGGUUGGGCAGCACAUUGCAUAUCUACUGUAACAAGUACAGCGAACCUGGACAGGGAGGGCGGCAUAUUCCUAUUUGGAUCCCACGGCCGAUUUCAUGCUCUCCCUCGUUGGGGGAGGGGGGCGCGGUUUUCCACCUCGAAUACACGCUCUCGAUGGGGCCACGCCUGCAGGCUUCGGGAAGCCUCGCAUUCUCACCCUCUCCCCAUUUCCACCGGACCAAUUUCUUCCCGUUGUCUUUCCUUGGGCCGGCCGAGGCCCAUGGGCGUGAGUGA